CAGAUUAGUUUACCGAAACUAAGAAGGAUGUCUAAGGGUGAUAAAUUUCGAUAUUCAAGCGGUGUCCAAGUCACCAUCUAUUGUGUCGAAUUCAUUAUGAAGCAACAAUAUGAAAUGAAACGAAUUCGACGCACACUAAUCUGUAACAUCGAUUCAAUUUUAAACAACAAUAACAAUAACAACAACAACAACAGCAGCAACAACAAUAGCAGGAAUAACAACAACAGUGACAACAAUAACAAUAAUAAUAAUAAAUGCUCAAUGCUGAAUCGAUCUCACAAAAAGCAUAGAAAAGACACAUGA